AUGUCUUCCACAGAAUCAACUACCACCGCCCCAGCUCCUAAAUUGAAUGGGGAGCCUUUGAGAUCCAAGGACUACUUCGAGGAACGCUCAGCCCAGGAAAUGCAGAAACACUUGGAAGAUGCAGGCCUUGCAGGCCAGAUUUCCGCUCGUUCUUCCUGCGGUGAUGGGUAUUAUUGGACACUGCGUUUCGGCCUCGGCUGGGAUGAAGCCACACCUGACGAUUUUAUCGAGGUCGAUGGCGAUUUGAAUACUGUCUCGGGGUCUGGGAUGCCUAAUCCUGCCACCCGCUUCCAUCUCUGGGUAUAUGCGGGCAGGCCUGAUGUGAACAGUAUUGUUCACGUCCACUCAGAGUGGGUUCAAUCUCUUGUCGCGGCUCGGCAACCGCUGGUUGUGGCACAAAUGGAUAUGACUCCAUUUUAUGAUGACUGUGCCUGGCUAGGUGACUGGCCUGGUCUGCCUAUUGCCAACCAAGAAGGCGUUGUUAUCACCAAAGCUCUUGGACAAAAUCGGUCUAUCUUACUGGCUCACCAUGGGCUUUUAACGGCUGGCAAGUCAGUCCAAGAAUCAGCAUAUCUCUGUAUCAUGCUCGAACGGGCUGCUCGGAUUCAAGUGAGAGCCCGUGUGUUUGGGCCGCUCAAGGAGGUGGAUGGUGAUUUGGCGCGAGAAGCGGGCAGCUAUCUCCUGCGAGACAAAGUAGUUAAUGCCACCUUCGAAUAUUGGUUUCGUCAGACCCAGACCAUCAAGCCUCUCUUUCUUUAA